GCCGCGGCGGGGGCCGCGGUGGCUGCGCGGUCGAGCAUCCUGGCGGCGCCCGGCCACGGGGAGAUAUUAAAUGGCCAGGAGAGACAAGUGGAAUUAUUUAGCCCUUGCUGUGGAGACUUCAUUUUCUUCUUAAUACCUGAUCUGUUUAUGAUGAGGUGGCUUGCGCUAGUGUGAUUUUCACUUAUUUCUUGGCAGGCUACAGUAAGCACAGGUGUGCAAGAACCACUUGCCAUGGAAACCAGGGAGCUUGGAAGCCCCACACCCACCUACCAUCUCCUUCCAGAAGCCAGCCAGCCCAGGGUGGAAGAAGAUGUCAGCCCACCACCUAAAGGGUCCCCGGAAACUAUGCAGCUGAAGAAGGAGAUCUCCCUGCUGAACGGGGUCAGCCUGGUGGUGGGCAACAUGAUCGGCUCAGGGAUCUUUGUUUCACCAAAGGGUGUGCUGGAGUACACUGCCUCCUAUGGGUUGUCACUGACCGUGUGGGCAAUUGGUGGGCUUUUCUCCGUUGUGGGUGCCCUUUGCUAUGCAGAGCUGGGGACCACUAUUACCAAGUCAGGGGCCAGCUAUGCUUAUAUUCUAGAGGCCUUUGGGGGCUUCAUUGCCUUCAUCCGCCUGUGGGCCUCACUGCUAAUCGUUGAGCCUACCAGUCAGGCCAUCAUCGCCAUCACCUUUGCCAACUACAUCAUCCAGCCCUCCUUCCCCACCUGUAAUCCCCCGUACCUGGCCUGCCGUCUCCUCGCUGCUGCUUGCAUAUGUCUGCUGACAUUUGUGAACUGUGCCUAUGUCAAAUGGGGCACACGUGUGCAGGACACGUUCACGUACGCCAAGGUCCUAGCGCUCAUUGCCAUCAUUGUCAUGGGCCUUGUUAAACUGUGCCAGGGACACACUGAGCACUUCCAGGAUGCCUUUGAGGGUUCCUCCUGGGACCUGGGAGCCCUCUCUCUUGCCCUCUAUUCUGCCCUCUUCUCUUACUCAGGUUGGGACACCCUUAAUUUUGUAACAGAAGAAAUCAAAAACCCAGAAAGAAAUUUGCCCUUGGCCAUUGGGAUUUCUAUGCCAAUCGUGACGCUCAUCUACAUCCUGACCAAUGUGGCCUAUUACACAGUGCUGAGCAUUUCAGAUGUCCUUGGCAGUAAUGCUGUGGCUGUGACAUUUGCUGACCAGACGUUUGGCAUAUUCAGCUGGAUCAUCCCCAUUGCCGUUGCCCUGUCCUGUUUUGGGGGACUCAACGCAUCGAUUUUUGCUUCAUCAAGGUUGUUCUUCGUGGGCUCCCGUGAGGGGCACCUCCCGGACCUUCUAUCCAUGAUCCACAUUGAGCGUUUUACGCCCAUCCCUGCUUUACUGUUUAAUUGUGCUAUGGCACUCAUCUACCUCAUUGUAGAGAAUGUCUUCUUGCUCAUCAACUACUUCAGCUUCAGCUACUGGUUCUUUGUGGGCUUAUCUGUUGUUGGACAGCUCUACCUUCGCUGGAAGGAGCCUGACCGGCCUCGUCCUCUCAAGCUGAGCCUGUUUUUUCCCAUCGUGUUCUGCAUAUGCUCCGUGUUUCUGGUGAUCGUGCCCCUCUACAGUGAUACCAUCAAUUCCCUCAUUGGCAUCGGGAUCGCCCUCUCCGGGGUCCCUGUCUACUUCAUGGGUGUUUAUCUGCCAGAGUCCCGCAGGCCACUUUUUAUACGGAACAUCUUGGCUGCUAUCACCAGAGUCACCCAGAAGCUUUGCUUUUGCGUCCUGACUGAGCUAGAUGUAGCUGAAGAUAGAAAGGUUGAGAGGAAAACUGAAUAGAUGCCAGAGGUGACUUCCCCUGUGUCCUGGAAGGCUGGCCACCUGUGGCCACAGCCACCAAAGUCCAGAUUACAAGACUAUGUGGGCCCAACCCUCCUGAAUUAAAGGAGCCUGUUGACCCAUGUAAUAUAAAGGGGCUCAGGGCCAAUGCUCACUCUCAUUGGUAAGCUAUGGGAAGAAACUCAGGGUCUGGGGCCAGCUUGAAGGUGGGGACUUGAGAGGGUGGGCUGGGAGGAGACUGGGGAGCUGAGGAAUGGCUAUCAGUGUUGUCCCUGGUGGGUAGGCACAGCCCUGACAAACUUAUUUGGUAAGUUGCAGUGGAGGAAUCAGGAAUGCUGGCUGGUGAUUUCUGAAUUGAAAUUGUGAACCAGGAAUUUCUACAGAGGAGCUACUUUUUGGGAAAUUUUCCUCUGACCAGGUCUUAGCACCUGACUUUAGAGGCAUGAAAUGCUACCUUUUCUUCCUCUGCUCAAAAUCCUUUCCCAGGGAGAUGGUUGUAUUCCUUUGGGUGGUAGGGGAUGGUGGCCUGAACAGCAAGGCUUUAUUUAACCGAUCCCGGAACAGUGUAUCUCCCUCUUCUUGAAUUCCCCAAGAAGAACAUCUUCCUGCUCUAGAAUUUCACACUCAGACAAUAAGCCUGAAAGGGAGAAGUCUCUUCAGGGUCCCAGAAGUGUCCAUUGAGGGUCCUUCCUGUCAACGUUGGCCCCUCAUUCUGUGCGUCGGUAUGCUUGGGAAGCCACAGGACCUCACUGUUGUACAGGUUAGUUAUCUCCUUUGAGGAGAUUCUGCCUGUCUGACUGAAUCUACUUGGAUUAUAUUUGUACGUAUGUUCAACAUUGUUAAGAAAGGAGAUGAGCUUUCAGCUCCAAAAUGAAUUGUCUUUGCCAUCCAACUGCGUGCUUCCUAGCUACAGCUACUGUGCUUCAAUCCUGAAACAAGGGCUGAAGAAAACCUCACUGCUCCAGUGAGAAGGAGCAGCUUUGCAGCUAACUGGACAUGUGACCACCACCUCCACCACCAACUCCUAUACUUCAUUUUUUAUUGUUUAAUCCAGAACAAUUCCAGCAGAGCAGUAGUGUUCUCUCAUCUAUAGGAUGCAGUAGGCUCAACUAUGUUUAAAACAUUGAAAGUAUCAAGCACCGAGUCCCUCUGCUCCCAGAAGUAUCUCUGUAGCAGGGCAAAUUGUGGCCAGAUUUUAUGCUCAGUUUAGCACAAUCUUUGGUUGAAUCUUAUCUACAAAGGUGAACUUUAAGGAUCUUUUUUACUCAUAUACCUAUUAUACUUUAGUAUAGAUAGGUCACAUGUUACAAGCAACUGGCUCUGGUUCAGCAAGGACAGAUAAACAAAUUCAUGAGUCAGAUGUUUGGUAAUACUGCUAUUUUGAAGGAUAAUCCUGUUUUACUUGACGCUUUUGGUCUUUGUUCUAGUUGAUAGAAAUAAAUCUUCAGGUUUCUGGUGUGAACUUUAAGAGGACUGAAACAGAGAGGGCUUAAACGGUUCUGGAAUUCAGGUGGAUCACCUGAAUUCUUUCAGCUGUCAGACCCAUGUCAUCAGAGAGCUUGUUCUUUCUCUAUGGGCUGGCGUCAGCAGCUGCUGUGCAGACCCAAGCAAGCCCACCCUGGUGCUAGAAGUGGUCAUUUUCUUUUCUGAAAACCUCUUGCCAGGCUGAUUCUCCUGUGUCCCCAGCACCAGGGUUUGUUUACACUUUGAGCCACCUGGUGUGGGUCAUCAGGAUAGUACACUCCUUUCCUGCUCACCUCCUCUUGCUCCCGAAAUCUGAUGGGGCUGCAGUCUCAGGAAGAGCUUGGUACUUGUCAGGACUUCCAUUUUUUUCCCUGUGAAAAUCAGUGAAGACUCUGGGAGAAAAGCUGCUACAACCUCAAUCUGGCUCCUCAGCAGACCACAUGAGUGGAAGCAACCAAGCCUGGUGCUCAGGCUGGGCUUUUAACCCCCAGGAUGGGCCAGGGGGGCAAGUCUGGCCUAAUGGAUCAUCCUUCGUGGGCAGGAAGGCUGUAGUGGAUUGGAUAGUUGUUCUGUCAUGCCCCAAACACUGUCAUUCUGGGCUCAGAACUUGCUAGCUUGAUAACUCCUAUGGGCUUUCAUGCCUUUAGGUUUUUAGAAUUCGUUAACAGUAAUGACAAGAAUACGGCAAUCUUCCUGACCAUUGUUAUCCACCAAACUGGCCCCAGUCACAGAUAAGGGAGUAACCUUGAUCAUAUCCUUGCUCAAUAAAGAAGACUUAAGAGAGCAUGAUCACUGUUGCCUUUGAUUUAGGGUAUGCAUCCGUGAAAAAAUGGCGGGGGGUGUUCUUACAGUCACAGAAUAGGGAUUUGUCCAGCAAAUCCUGACAACAGGGAGUCUUGUGCAAAGGCUGACUUGCCUGGACUAUAUAAACAUGGUUCAUACCCAGGCCACACUGGCACCUAUCCGAGGACUCCUCUAGAGCUAAUCCUUUGAAGAGUGUGCUUGGCUCAAGGACCCCUGACCCUGGCUUUAGCUAAUAACCAGCUAAUUCCAGGAAUUUUCUGCCCCCUAGUGGCUUCUAGGGGAAGCAAGGGCCUCACACUCCAGGUGCUCCCUAGUACUUAGUGAGCCGUCACCCUCAUUACUGGAUGGUGACAACAUUCUUCCCCUCUGUGCUGCAUAGACUUUCCCUAGGAACCUUAUGUGAGAGGGAUGCCAGACUCCCUGCCCAAGUCAAGCUUCAUAACGGAAUUAAUUUCUGUCAGUUCUUUGUGGUCUGCCUCCUUAACUCCUUCUCCUGGUGUGCUAAUCCUUUUCGCAGCGGGUGCAUUUUGUGAAAUUGUGAGCCUUUAAUGUUGGCAAAACCAUUGAGCACAUAAACAGCAGUAAGCACAUUAUAAUGGCUAGAGUGUUUUUAAAUCCUUCAUUUUUUUUUUUAAAGAUUCAUUUAUUUUACUUGAAAGUCACAGUUACAGAGAGGAGAGGCAGAGAAAGGGAGAAAGAUAGAGAGGUCUUCCAUCCGCUGGUUCACUCCCCAGAUGGUCUCAAUGGCCAGAGCUGUGCCAAUCCAAAGCCAGGAGCCAGGAGCUUCUUCCAGAUCUCCCAAGCGGGUGUGGGGGCCCAAGGAUUUGGGCCAUCUUCUACUGCUUUCCCAGGCCAUAGCAGAGAGCUGGAUGGGAAGUGGAGCGGCCAGGUCUCGAACUGGCACCCAUAUGGGAUGCUGGCACUGCAGGCGGUGGCUUUACCUGCUACGCCACAGCGCCGGCCCCAAAUUCUUAAUUUUUAUGCUUAUAGGAGGCUAAGUAGUAUUAGACACUAGUUGCAGCCAAUGCUGACUUGUACCUGUGCUUAGCUUAGGAUGGGAAAAUACAGCCUGUUUUUUUUUCCCCCCAGUGGUAAGCAAGGCAGCAAGGUUUAUUGGGGUAGGACAUCCAUCGAGUGCCCAGACUGAGGAAAGCAAGGUUACAUGGUUAAACAGAAUGCACCUGGAAGGCAAGGUGGGCGGCUCAGCAGAGACCUUAGUGCUGAACACCGCCUGUUGCCUGAACACAGAAGUUACUUUGGCAGGUUUAACACUCCAUGUGGGUGCAAACUUACAAAAUGAACACAAAGUGAAAGGAUUAGUGGAGGUAGGAUGGAGAAGUAGAAGUCUUAAAAAAUGUGGCAAGUGGGGCCAGCAUUUCGCCGUAGCUAGUUAAGUUGCUGCUUGUGAUGCUGGCAUCCUGUAUGGGCGAAGGCUGCUCUAUUUCUGAUCCAGCUCCUUGCUCAUGGCCUGGGAAAAACAGUGGAAGAUGGCCCAAGUGUUUCAACCUCUGCCACACUGGAGAUGCGGAUGAAGCUCCUGGCUCUUGGAUUCAGCUUGGCCCAGCGUGGCUGUUGUGGCCAUCUGGGGAGUGAACCAGUGGAUGGAAGAUCUUUCUAACUCUUUCAAAUAAUCUUUAAAAGAAAAUGUUGCAAGAAGUUAUCUGUGUAAUUCACUUUUCCAUGUGAAUCAGACACCUGUCACAGGGCAAGAGGGUAUAUCUUGGAUUGAAGGGUUUUUUUUCCCCAAAACCUAUUUGAAAGAGAGAGGUUCACUUCCCAAAUGCCCACAACAGCUAGGGCUGUGCCUGGCCAAAGUCAGGAGCCAGGAAUUAUAUCUGGGUCUCCCAUAGGAGGGACCCAACCACAAUGCCAGCAGCAUUAUCUUCCAGGGUGCACAUUAACAGGAAGCUGAGUCAGGAGCAGAGCUAGGACUUGAACCCAAGCAUCUGAAAUGAGGUGCAGGGUCCCAAAUUGGGGUUCUUAAUGGCUGCACUGAAAUGUUCAUCCUGAAUUGCAGGUUCUGUUUUGUUUCGCUACACCUGUGUUGUCUACUACAGUAGUUACUAGCCACAUGUAGCUAAAGUAAAAUGAAAUAAAAUUAAAAACUCAGCUUCUCCAUUGCACUAACCACAUUUCAAGUGCUCAAAGCCACAGUAUGGCUAGUGGCUACUAUUAGAAAGUGAACAUUGCCUGUUGCCUGAACACAGAAGUUAUUUUGGCAGGUUUAACCCUCCGUUAGGUGCAGACUUACAAAAUGAACACAAAGUGAAAGGAUUAGUGGAGGGAGGAUGGAGAAGUAGAAGUCUUAAAAAAAACUGAUCCUGUUGUUUGAUUUUGGUGAGUGCUAUGAAUAUAAACAUUUCUCAAUGGAAAGCUAAGGUGAGGAUUUUUUUUUUUUCUUUUCCUUGCUUGCCCUAAGUCCUUAGUGUCUGAGGUCAAUUCUGAAACCUUGUCUCACUGCCCACUCCCCUUCCCCCCCCCCUUUUUUUGACAGAGUGGAUAGUGAGAGAGAG